UAAUUAAUAAUGGGGAGAGCGGUUGACCGAUUUGACAACUCAGCUAUUGAAGAACACUAGUGUCAUCAUAUUAUAUAUCGCCAUUCACUCACUACAAGAGAAGAAUCCUCGUACGACAAACAAACCCAAAUCAUUUUCGCCGGAAUUAAAAAAACAUCCUUAUACGCCGACCAGCCGUCUACGUGCUCCGGUGCGGUGGUGGUGGUGGCAACGUAGAAUUCAACAAAGGGGGUUCUUUGUAUUUUCUUGAUUUCAUUUCUAUGCUAAAAAACGAGAUGAUUUAACUGUACUGCCCCUAUGGGUGUUGAGGUAAAUGUUCGAGACAGCAGAUUAAAACCUAAGAUGGAUGCUUCGACAUAUAAGCCCGAUCGUUUUGCUAAAGAGCUUGAAGAUGAGCUUAUGAAAUACACACAAAAACCCUCCGAGGGCAAUAAAGUAAAUUCACAAUUGGUUGAGGAAGUGCAGAGGGAUAGUGCUGAUGUGGAGGUCAACAUUUCGGAAUGUACAAAGCCUUUGGUCAACGAGCCCGUUUUAGCAGAAUGCAAGGAUACAACUGAGAGCUCGAGUUCGUUCGGUGGCAGUGAUUGUGGCCUUGAUAGUUCCGACACUGAAGUUUCGUCGGAUUUUCAUGCAUCGGAAAUCGGUUUUGAUGGAUUCGGCGAAAAUAUUAGGAUGAGGAAGAAGAAGCUGACAACUCACUGGAGAUCGUAUAUCCAGCCGCUGAUGUGGCGUUGUAAAUGGAUCGAAUUGCAAAUCAACAAGUUGAAGGCACAAGGCAAAAAAUACGAGAAAGAACUCGAAGCGUACAAUAACGGGAAGCAAAUUCGGUUAGAGAACUCUCAACCGACAGACAGUGCGAAAUCGCUUCCGUUUUCUCCGCGCAUUAGUGCUCGAGACGAGUUCCUCAAGAGGAAGAAAAGAAAAAGAAACGAAGCGACAGUUGAUGUAGCUGCAUAUAUGUCGCGUCACAACAUUUUCUCGUAUUAUGAGAAUAAGAAGUCUUCGACUGAUGGGCCCACCGUGCUAAAUGAUCUGAACAAUUCAGCUACACAAACAGUCAACUUUGAUGACGACUUUUGGGUCAAUGACGAGCUACUACAAUCGUUCGAGCCCCGAGAAGGUGAAAAUUCAUUGGAGCACGUACUUUCGAAAAUCGAGUUUUUACAGUCCAAAGUCGUCAAUCUGAAGAGCACAGCAGAGAAAAUAAUGCGUGAAAAUGCCGGAAAAUUUUCUUCCUCCGACGACUUGAGUUUCGCUAUGGCGUAUAGCACCUCAUCCGGAUACAGCGGGGAUGCAACUGGAGUGGGAAAUUAUUUUGCAUCUCAGCUUUUAUCGGAGUAUAUAACCGUGCCCGAAAGUAAAGUUACAACUCGCGGAAUUGCGCAGGUGGAAGAUGGGAUACUUAUUGAUAAUCGGAGGGUUAAGGAAGAGACGAAUAAUUCCGAUGAUGUCAUGAUUCACCCGAUCGAAAGGCCGUUGGUGAUUAAUACUGCCCCCACUCCAGUUCGGGCAGAAGCUGAGCUGCCCGUAAAAGAUGAAUCACCUCCGAAAAUGCGUUCUAUUGCAAAGAUUGCUACCCCGAAAGGCAAGAGGAAGAGGGGCAAAAGAAGAGGCGGGGGCCGCCCUGGUCGAAGAACCACAGGGUAGUAUCGUAAUUUUCAGACAGGAAAAAAAAAUGGGGAUUUAGUUUGACUUGCAAAUAAGACCACAUAUUUUAUUAUUCCCUUUUUUUUUUAUUAAUUCUACAUUGCCUUUUUUUUUCUUGCUAAGUUUGUAGAUGAUGAAUUUGUUUGGUUUUAUUUAAGAUAUAUAUUAUUUGACGCUUGUUGAAAU